AUGAAGAUCCUCUGGCUUCUGCUGUUGUUCCUGUGUGACAGCCAGAGCUGGGCAGCGUCAAGGCCGAACUUUGUCCUGCUGAUGGCUGACGACCUUGGCAUCGGAGAUCCUGGGUGCUAUGGAAACAAGACUCUCAGGACUCCCAAUAUUGACCGAUUGGCCGAAGGGGGAGUGAAACUCACUCAGCAUCUAGCGGCAUCACCCCUGUGCACGCCGAGCAGGGCGGCCUUCAUGACAGGCCGGUACCCCAUCCGAUCAGGAAUGGUAUCUCAGUCCAGAGUGGGAGUUUUCCUCUUCUCGGCCUCUUCUGGAGGACUUCCCACCAGUGAGAUUACAUUCGCCAAGCUCCUGAAGAAUCAAGGCUAUUCAACAGCUCUGAUAGGGAAGUGGCACCUUGGGACCAGCUGUCACAACAAAACCGACUUUUGUCACCAUCCUUUAAGCCACGGCUUCGAUUAUUUCCACGGGCUCCCUGUGACCAACCUGAGAGACUGCAAGCCUGGAGAGGGCAGUGUAUUCACCACAGGCAUCAGGGUGCUGGUCUUCAUCCCUCUCCAGGUCAUUGCCAUUGCUCUCCUCACCCUGGCGGUGCUCAAGUGCCUGGGGCUGCUCCAUGCACCCAACCUGCUCUUCUUCUGCCUUCUCUUCCUGGCGGCCAUGAUACUCGGCCUCCUGGUGUGCUUCCUCUAUUACUUCCGGCCCUUGAACUGCUUCCUGAUGAAGAACCACGAGAUUACGCAGCAGCCCCUGUCUUACGACCACCUCACGCAGAGGCUGACGGAGGAUGCGGCCCAGUUCAUGCGACGGAAUGCCGAGACACCAUUUCUGCUUGUCCUGUCUUACCUUCACGUGCACACGGCCCUCUUCUCUUCCAAGGACUUCGCCGGCAAAAGUAAACAUGGCGCUUAUGGGGACGCUGCCGAGGAAAUGGAUUGGAGUGUUGGGCAGAUCUUGAAUGUUCUAGAUGAGUUGAGACUGGCUAAUAACACCCUCAUCUACUUCUCAUCGGACCAAGGAGCACAUGUGGAGGAAGUGACCACCAAAGGAGAAGUCCAUGGAGGGAGCAACGGAAUCUACAAAGGGGGCAAAGCAAACAACUGGGAAGGAGGUAUCCGGGUUCCAGGCGUUCUUCGAUGGCCAGGAGUGAUACAGGCUGGGCUGGAGAUUGAUGAGCCAACAAGCAACAUGGACAUAUUUCCUACGGUGGCCAAACUCGCGGGGUCACCACUGCCUGAAGACAGGAUCAUUGAUGGACGUGACCUGAUGCCCCUGCUUCAGGGGAAAAGCCAACGCUCGGAUCAUGAGUUUCUCUUCCAUUACUGCAACUUCUACCUAAAUGCUGUGCGCUGGCACCCGCGGAACAGCACGUCCAUCUGGAAAGCCUUUUUCUUCACACCCAAGUUCACCCCCGAGGGCGCCAAUGGAUGCUUUUCUACACACGUGUGUUUCUGUCAUGGGCAUUUCGUCACCCACCAUCACCCACCUUUACUCUUUGAUAUUUCCAAAGAUCCGAGAGAGAGAAACCCAGUAACCCUGACGACUGAGCCCCGGUUCCAGGAGAUUCUGGACGCCAUGCAGCAAGCCGCAGACCACCACACCAAGACCCUGCAAGAGGUCCCCAAUCAGUUGUCACUGGGAAACAUCCUCUGGAAGCCAUGGCUUCAGAUGUGUUGUUCCUCCUCCGGCCUAUCUUGCCAGUGUGACCGAGAAAAACAAGAUAGAACAGUGAGCCAUUAGCCAUUGUGCGUCUGGGGCCAAGAAAAAUGCUCGGUGCCCGCUCCAGCUCCUCCAUUACAGACGCACAUUGGGAACGGCACUGGGUUAAAGCCAGCUCUGUCAGUACCUUGGAUUAGGAUCGAUUCUCUAUCUCAUCACCUGAAGGCUCCACCAAGAGCCCCACAGUUACCCCAGA